UGCCACGAGGUGACAGAUUGGUGAGAAAGAGAGAGCACAUUUGUUCAUCUUUGCUAACCGAUAUUGUAUCGUACGUUGUAUAUAGCGGUAUAUAAUUGUGCAUUGUUUAUUGUUCUUCUUAUCGUUAACGGAAAACGCAAAAGGCCGUGUGCGUUCUCACUGUGCAUGACCUUUCAGCAACGCAACAUCGUCUAUAUUCAUCCUGUCUAAGAAGGAACACGGCCAUGGCGUCGCCUGAUCUGACCAAUAUUACUCCGAAUUCCACGACGGAUAUUACGGACACAACAGAGAGUAUCCAAAAAUCAGCAGAAUCAAAAAAGGAAACUGCUAAUCAAUAUUAUUCACAGAAGCAGUAUAAAAAAGCAUUAACUGGUUACAGUGAAGCUAUUGCAUUAUGUCCUGAUACAUCUCGUUACUAUGGCAAUAGAGCAGCAUGUUACAUGAUGCUUGGACAAUAUCGAGAUGCAUUGACUGAUGCUAAAAAGUGUAUUGAAUUAGAUUCAAAGCUUCCUAAAUCAUACAUAAGGGUGAUCAAAUGUUGCUUGAUUUUGGGUGACAUCGUAGAAGCUGAGACUACAUUAAAAAAACUUUUGGAAUUUGAUCCCAGUUCUGAAUUGAUAGCCGCGGAACAAAAAGACUUGGCAUAUGUACAAAAGUUCCUUAACGAUGCUGAUGCUGCCUAUGAUGCCAAGGAUUAUCGCAAAGUUGUAUAUUGUAUGGAUCGUUGUUGUGAUAUAAGUACAUCUGGCACACGUUUUAAACUAAUUAAAGCAGAGUGUCUAGCUCUUUUAGGAAGGUAUCAAGAAGCCCAGGAUAUUGCAAAUGAUGCCUUACACAUUGAUAAGCAGAAUGCUGACGCAAUAUAUAUCCGUGGAAUGUGCUUAUAUUUCCAAGACGACGUUGAUAGAGCCUUCGCACAUUUCCAACAAGUAUUGCGACUUGCACCUGAUCAUGCUAAAGCACUAGAAAUAUACAAAAGAGCAAAAUGCUUGAAAAAGAAGAAAGAAGAAGGCAAUGCAGCAUUUAAGAGGGAACAAUAUCAGGAAGCAUAUAAACUUUACAAUGAAGCUUUAACUAUAGAUCCGCAUAAUAUCAUGACUAAUGCUAAAUUGCAUUUUAAUAAGGCAACAGUAGCAUUUAAGUUAGAAAAGUUGAAUGAAGCUGUAGCGGAAUGCACUGAAGCUUUAAAACUUAACGAAAAUUAUUUGAAAGCUCUUCUUAAAAGAGCAACCAUUUAUAUGAAACUGGAAGAGUAUGAAGAAGCAGUUCGAGAUCUUGAAAAAGCAUGUAAAAUGGAUAAGAAUGAUCGUGAGACUAAACGGUUACUCGCAAAAGCAAAAUUGUUAUUGAGAAAAUCCAAAAGAAAAGAUUAUUACAAGAUUUUGGGAAUCGAUAAAAAUGCUUCAACCGAGGAUAUUAAAAAGGCAUAUAGAAAACGGGCUUUGGAUCACCAUCCAGAUCGUCAUGCUAAUGCAAGCGAGGGAGAAAAGAGGGAACAAGAAAAAAAGUUUAAGGAAGUCGGAGAAGCUUAUGGUAUUCUUUCGGACCCCAAGAAACGAUCUCGCUAUGAUCGCGGACAUGAUCUAGAUGAUAACGAAGGUGGUUUUCAAGAUAUGGAUCCCAAUGCAAUGUUUCACUUUUUCUGCCAAGAGGGAGGAAAUUUCCAGUUCCAGUUUCAGCAUGGUUUCCCUAGUGGUGCUUUUCAAUUCCAGUUUCCAGGUUAAUGGGUAUUUCAAGAAAAUAUGACACAGUGUAUCUAUCUAUGUAUAUGAUAUUUGAAUCUAUUUUAGUAAAUAUUGCAUUCAACUUUU